AUGAACCGCGCCUCGCCUUUUUCACGAAAUGUUGUUCAUCUAACACGUCAUCUACUGCAUUCAGCACAGAUCAUUUCUGUGGGCCAUCCUCGACCAAAACCGCUUUCUGUCUUUAAUCAAUUACCUGUCCGCCUUUACUCGGAUACUCUCAGCGUCACAGACUCUAUCCAGGAUCCCGUUGUAGAAAUUGACGAUAAAGAGAACAGACGGUCCAAAAAAAAAAAAUCUUCGAAAAAGAAACCCAGUUCAAAAAAAGGGCGUCGUAAAGUAGAACUUCUUCCCCCCGAGCAUGUAAGCGAUAGCUCGUCUUCUCUAAUUCAAGAACUUCUAACAGUUCGUCAUCACUCGACUUUGGGUCACGAGCUACUAAUGGGCCGCGAACCUCGAACCGACAUUAAAGUUACAGCCGCCGAUUUAGACAACUUUAAACCUGCUGUAUCUGAGAUUAAUUAUCGAGCCUACCAAGAACUUGUAAAUAAGAUCGCUGGAGGUUUCCUCGCAGAACAGUUACGCGACUAUCUGAAACAACGCAAUGUCAAAGUACCACCCAACAAAGAUGCGAUAAUUAAGACAAUCAUUCGUGAUGUGUGGAACAUAACUGAAUCAUAUCCAAAUGAAUAUUGGAAUAAGAUUCUGAGAGAGACUGUGCAAGCGGAUAGAAGUACUUUGUAUUUUUUAAUUGGUCCAGACGGUGAGACAUUGCAAACCAUAGAGUCAUCUACUGGUGUCAAUAUACGCAUUAAUUUGGAGAGAGAGUCAUAUGCUUUAAUUGGCAAACGAUCGGAUGUGACAACAGCGAAAGAGAUGAUAAAGAAUGCAACGACUUGUACUUCCAGAAUAAUAGAUCCCGCUCCACAUAUAAUCGUUGACGAUAGAUCGUUGAAUGAAAUUAUGCCAUACAUUGUCAAUGUCUGUCGAAUGGCUGGCACAUUCAUCGAGACCAUUGGAAAUAAGUUGGUGAUAUAUGGUCAGAGCGAGGACAAUAUCAAAGAGGCCAUGAGAUUGCUCGAUAAAGCAUGGUCAAAGCCUGACGUUAACGAGAAUCAUUUGACACUGUGUAAUAGCUUGGAUGUUGCUGCACAACAAUACGCAUUUUUCCCUAUAUAUGAUCUGAAAGCAAUGUCAAUGUAUUGGAAGGACUCUACAUGGUAUCGGAUAGGGAGAGUACUGGAAAAGGGAACCAAGGACUUGCUCACCAAACCUACAAUUGCUGACCCGCUUUCGGUAUUAAAUGCGAGUAAAAGCAUAGAAAAUUCAGGAAUAUUGGAUAGAUUUGUUGAUACCAAAUUUCAGGCAGUGGGCAAGCAUUUGCGCAAAUACAUUGAAGAUGAAUCUCCAAAUACAAAAGUUGACCUGUACGCUCUGUUUGGUCAUAUAAUGUUUCACCAUAAUAAUACUCUAUCUGACAAAUAUCUCCUUUCUCCAGCUGAAUCUGGAAAAUUCAGUCAAAGUGAGUUGCGAAAAUUGGUCCAUCCGUCGAAUUACACCCAAGCAUUUCUUCCAAGCUACCCAUUUUAUGGCCUUGUUGAAGGACUCUGGCCAGUGUCAGAAUCAGAAGAAUGUGUUGACGUUGAAUAUGUAGUGAGCGCGGACGAACCUGUGUCAGAAAAUCAACCUGUACAUUUAAAUCUCAAAUUCAAAAUUCACAAAGACAACAGAAUUGAACUUCAGAAAGUGUUGGGCUGUAAAAGACGACUCAUCGUUGAUUUUAUGAUGAUGGACAGACCAGCAGAUUUCAGAAUAAUGGCAACCAGUUCACUUGAUUUAUUUUCUGCCAAAGGAGCAGAGAAAUUUAUUGAUAGAUGUUCUCUCAGCAGUGAUGGAAGGAAGCACUUUGAAUGUCCCCGCGAAUUUCAAUUCGAAAUGCCUCCUGGAGACGAGACUGUAAAAACAUCAGUUCGAUAUACACUCGACAAUAUAUCGUUGUCGUCUGUAAGCCGGUACGAGUAUUCUGGUUUACUAUUAGAGACAAGAGUAAGCCAACAGCAGGAGACAAAUACCACUAUAUUACAAACAAAGCUCUUGUGCAAGGAAGCCCCACCACCAGCAUAUACACAAUCGACAGAGCCAUCAACCAAAGAAAUAAUACAAGAUCUAUUUGGAUCGAACGAAGACACUGGCAAUGAAGAACCUACUAAUGAAAUGCAUGCUGCUUCUGUAGAACCUGAGGAAAAGCAACAUGAUGUAGAGAAAACUUUUAAUCUAUGGGAUUCAUUCAUCAGACGGACACUCGAAAUUGCGACUCGAUAA